ACGUAUUUCAGAAAUAAAAGAAACGACAUGAAGACAUUUAUUAAUUUAUUCUUCCUCCUACCUCUAAUAAAUUCACAGGGUGUGUCAGACUGUUUUCUUCCUACAGGGAAACCUGGAAUAUGUGCCCCUCUUGGACAAUGCACACAUCUCACAGAUCUAAUAGGGAACCUACAGAAACCUCUACCGAGAGAUGUUUCCCUUUUAUUAAGAGAAUCUUUUUUCUGCAAUAAUCAAGGACAAGGAAUUACAGUUUGUUGUCCUGGGGACGGUCUAACUGUUAAAACCAAGGUUGAGGGGGAGAACAGGGGAGAAUGCGGACUUCAGGAUGGGAUGUCUGCAGAAUGUGUUUCCUAUUUACAAUGUUCUCCAUUUGUUCAAUUAAUGGCAAACCUCAGGAAACCUCUCCCAUCAUCCUCACCCAGACUUAUCCAGUCGUCUUACCUUUGUGGAGUUGAUACAGUGGGAGAGGAACCUUUACCUAAAGUUUGCUGUCCCUCUCAGGCAAUAAAGAAACCAGAACCAGAAGUUACGGCCACUACUUUGACGCCCCCUACUACUACAGACAGGUUUGCCAAUUAUCCCGGGAGAUCGCUGCUCGCCAACUCUGCUAGUUGUGGGAUUUCACUCAGUUCUGAAAAGAGGAUUGUUGGAGGUCAAAAUGCAGAUCUUGGUCAAUAUCCUUGGCUGGUCAACCUAGGGUACAGGCAGAACGGAGGUUCAAAUAAUCUUUUCAAAUGUGGAGGAACUCUAAUAGGGAAAAGACACGUGAUUACAGCAGCCCAUUGUGUUACACAGCUACCAAAAGGAUUUGAUCUAAGUGUUGUUCGUGUUGGAGAGUAUGAUUUAUCAAUGGAUGUUGAUUGUGAUUCUGAUAAUUUCUGCAGCCCUCCUCCUCAGGAUAUGCAGGUUGAGGAAGUAUACAGUCAUGAAAGCUACGGGAAACCAGCCAGUUUUCAGAACGAUAUUGCCAUCAUUAAGUUGAAAAAAGAAGUUGAAAUUAAUGAUUUUGUAUCUCCGAUCUGUUUGCCAUACACGCAUGACAAGGAGGAUUAUCUCAGUAAAAGAAUAAAUACAGACAACGGAGAACUAGAACUACAAAUAGAGGUGGCCGGCUGGGGUGCUACAAAUAAGGUUGGGAGGGAUCCAGCAAAUAUUUUACAGUUCCUAGAUGUUAAUGUCACAGACUCAGAACAAUGCAAGAAUAUCUACUCAACACGUGGAGGUGUUCUCACAGAUACCCAGAUAUGUGCAGGAGGAGAGAAGGGGAAGGAUUCCUGUGUAGGAGAUAGUGGUUCUGCUUUGAUGAGGAAUAAUCUUUCCAAAUUCCCAGAUCAGUGGGAGAUAAUUGGAGUGGUCAGCUUCGGUCCCAGGUUGUGUGGUACUGAGGGGGUACCAGGAGUUUACACUAGAGUUAACAGCUAUAUUGACUGGAUCCUAGAGACUGUCGCAAAAUAGAACAAUUAUGUUAAUUAUCCAUAGAAAUAAUACUCUUAAAAAUAUUUCCAGAGCUGGGAACUUUUGUAUUGGAUACUUAUUACAACGAUCACUUGAUCUCGGUAGCCAAAGUUUAAGUACUAUUAAUUUAAGGAUCAAUGCUCUGUUCUAUUCAGAUACGGGAUCUUUAGUUUGAUCUCAAUAUCAACAACACAAGAGUUCCCAGUUGCUGCAGUUUAUAGUUUCCAUGCUUGUAAAAAAAAUCAAUAAAUAUAUUUUAGUCAGCUAUA